UUUAUUUUGAAAUUUCACAAACGGAAGUGGUAUUUCUGCAUGGAUUUGACGGGAUUUUACACUGGAGCGAUUUGGUUACAAACAGUUUGAAGGCUAAAAUUAGGGAGGCACCCCAACAGCAAAUGACGCCACACCGCUAAAGUGGACCGUGUCGUCGUCGCUGCGUGUCACCGAUAACAGGACUCGGGGCCAUGGAAACGUUCCCGGCGAGUUUGCCGCCUCUGUCGAUGACUCCGGGGGUAUUUUUAGCUGGCGUUGUCAUCUUUUCGUAACUGCCCCGGCCCCGUUCAGUAUAAAGGACCGCUGGAAGAUGCAGCUGUACAGCAGCGCGCUCACACACUACCCCAAGUCGUCGCGGAAAGUUACCAUAACUUUGUCUGCAGCCCCCGAGCGCCUGAACGGGACACCGCCGACUCCCCCCGAGCUCGACUUCCCCCAACUCGACACAACUUCUCCAACAGGCGCCGCGGAAACUUCUGGAAACAUGCCCGCCUUCUCGUGCUACGACGCCGCUUCCACCAGGAGGCCGCUUUACUUCACCUCCACCGCGGAGAUAUUAAUCCGCCGACCCGACGGAGUGGAGAGGCCCGUUCCUAUCCACAUCAUCCGACAGCCCAAAGCCCCUGCAGGCCGCCCCCACAGCGGGCAGCCCGAGCAGGAGAGCAUGGUGGACUGGAUAAACCAUCAGACGGAGACUGACUGCACAGAACUGCUAGGAGGAUCUGUUUUUAAGAGGAAGAAAGUCAUUGAAUCCACAGGAGAUUCAGAGGUUUCUGGACCUUUGAGGAACAACGGAUGGGCGUCAUUGCAUGAAGAGGAACUGGCCCCCUCAAUGGUUUCCAUGACGAAGAACUUCAGGACGGAGGAUCCAUUUGAAAGGAACAGUAUGGAAAGUUCACCAGCAUCAGAGCAGACCUUGGAGCUCAGUGUUCUGCAGGAGCCCCCUCCACAGGGGCCCCACCAGAGAGACGAUAAGGUCAGCCGGUACCUGGCUGAGGUGGAGAAGCAGAACAAGUACCUCCAGGAGAGGAACCGAUACCGGUACCACAUCAUUCCAGACGGCAACUGCCUGUACAGAGCCGUGUGCAAAGCCACGUACGGGGACCAGGCCGGGCACGGCGAGCUGCGGGAGCAGACGGUGCACCACAUCGCCGACCACCUGGACGAGUUCAACCCCAUCAUCGAAGGGGACGUGGGAGAGUUCCUGAUCAACGCGGCGCAGGACGGAGCCUGGGCCGGCUACCCGGAGCUCCUCGCCAUGAGCCAGAUGCUGAACGUCAACAUCCACCUGACGACGGGCGGCAGCGCCGAGAGUCCCACCGUCUCCACCAUGGUGCACUAUCUGGGAGAGGAGGACGCCUCCAGACCAGCCAUCUGGUUGAGCUGGCUCAGCAACGGCCACUACGAUGUGGUCCUGGACCGAUGUGUCCCCAACCCAGAGUACGAAGACUGGUGCCGGCGCUCACAGAUGCAGCGGAAAAGAGACGAGGAGCUGGCCAAGUCGAUGGCGGCCUCAUUGUCGAAGAUGUACAUAGAGCAGAAUGGUUGUGUGUGAGGUCGGAUGCUGUGGACUUUGCUUUAAAUUAUUAUUCUUUUGUAAGAUUUCUGUUUGAAAAGACGUGCAGAGCACAUCAGUUCUUUUACCAGAAGUUUGAAGUUCUCGACAGUUUGGAUUGUAUUGGAAUAACCGUAUUUGUCUUCCUUUGUUUCCAUCUUUAUUAUGUCAACUGUGUUUCAGAUACACAACUUUUUUUGUGUUUGUUUGUCUUUUUUCCAUUUGGCACAUAGCUGUAUUAUAGCUGCUCUCUUUUUGCACAAAAGUCCUGUCAGACUAGUUUGGGAGAGUUGUAAUUUGUGCCGCUUUCAUGCCAUUUAUUCCAACUUUUUUUUCCUUUUAAACAAAGUUUUUCUUUUGUGGAAAAUGUUUAUUUUAUAAGAUUGUUUUUAACUUUCUAUAAAACUGUCAUUCAGCCUCAACAA